CACCCAUUCGCCGGUAUAAAAGGCUGCGGCCGCAUCUCAACAAGCAUCAUUCUCAGCAGCCCCGCAGCUCUUAGAACUCACUCACCAUGUUCAUGUACGUUCUUCCCAUGCUCCUGGCCGCGGUCUCCGCUGGCAACCUCCCCGUCGCCCCCCUCGCCUACUCGGCCCCUCUGGCCUACGGCGCCUAUGGUGCUUACGGCUAUGCCGCCGGCGCCCCCCUGGUCAAGACCAUCGCCGCCCCCGCCCUCCAAUACCGCGCUGCCCCCUUGGUUUAUGCUGCUCCCGUCGCUGCCCCCAUCCAGGUCCACGACCUCCGCGUGGCCAAGACCGUCCAGUACGCGAACAUGCCCGUUGUCGCCAGCAGCCAGAUCCUGAAGCCCGCCCUUUCCGUUACCGGCCUGAUCAACCCUCCUCGUGAGAUCGUGACCCAGCAGGCGCUCCUCGGCCCCGCCCGGCCCGUCCAGAUCAAAAACUUGGGGUUGACGGAUUUGACCCAAAUGACAAUUGACCGAACGGUCAGUACCACGAAUUGACCAAACGAAAAUUAACGGAACGGCCUUUCAUUGACAUUGGCCGAAUAUUUGGAUGCUGAUUAUUCUUUUGACAGAACGGAAAACGGGUAAUAAAGCAGUAAAAAAAAAAAAAAAUAAA